UUAAACCAAAAGAGGGUGUUGAUUGGAUCUCGCGGAAGUUUAGGAGAAGAGUUCCGUGAUAAAGAAAACUUCCCUAAGAGAUCAAUAACACGUGCGGGCGGUUGAGGAGAAAUAUGGGAUCUAAAAAUUCAAUCUUGAUCGGAGAAUCAGACAGUUUGGGUAAAUUUAAGUUGGGAUUGACAGAAAUUUCCCCAAUUUAAGGUACUAAUAAGAUCGGUCGAGGUCUACCGUCUAAAUCUUCUUCGAUAUAACCAACGAUUCACUGCUUCUUUCGUAGAUUCGUCGGAGCUGGAUCGAUUACUCAUCGGAGAUUUGUAGGGAUAUUGAGAGUAUCGUCUCCUUCACGCUUCAGUUUCGUUGGAUUGAUCUACUCGCUCUUUCGUUUCUGAACUAGCUUUCGGCUGUUUUUCCAGAGAGUCCAAGGGGGUUCGCAUUAGAGAGGGAAGGAUUGUGAAAUAUAAACAAUGGGGGUUGUUCAGAUGCAGCAGAGUAAUUCAGCUGGUCCAGAUGGUGAUAAGGAAAUCACCGCUGAACAUGAUUCAUUUAUACAUGGGGAGCCUUCACAAGAAACCAAACAGCCUCCAGAGGUUGAUUCUGUAGUUGAAGUCCUUCAUGAUAAAGUCACAAAGCAAAUCAUCAAGGAAGGUCAUGGUCAGAAGCCAUCAAAAUAUUCAACAUGCUUUUUGCACUACAGAGCGUGGACCAAAAGCACCCAACACAAGUUUGAAGACACAUGGCUUGAACAACGGCCGGUUGAAAUGAUCUUGGGAAAGGAGAAAACUGAGAUGACAGGACUGGGUAUUGGUGUCUCAAGCAUGAAAGUUGGUGAACGUGCCCUGAUACAUGUUAGUUGGGAAUUAGGUUAUGGCAAAGAUGGAAACUUUUCUUUCCCAAAUGUGCCACCCAUGGCAGAUCUCUUAUAUGAAGUUGAGCUCAUUGGUUUUGAUGAAACGAAAGAAGGGAAAGCUCGUAGUGAUAUGACAGUUGAGGAAAGGAUUGGAACUGCGGAUCGAAGAAAAAUGGAAGGGAAUGCACUUUUUAGUGAUGAGAAACUUGAGGAAGCGAUGCAACAGUAUGAAAUGGCAAUAGCAUACAUUGGAGAUAACUUCAUGUUCCAGUUGUUUGGAAAAUACCGGGACAUGGCGUUGGCUGUUAAAAAUCCUUGCCACCUUAAUAUGGCAGCAUGCCUGAUAAAGCUAAAACGCUAUGAUGAGGCUAUUGGGCAGUGCAGCACUGUAUUGGUGGAGGAUCAAAACAAUGUCAAAGCACUAUUUCGACGUGGGAAAGCCAAAGUAGAACUUGGAAAAACAGAUGAUGCCCGUGAAGACUUUCUUAAGGCCCGUAAAUUUGCACCCCAAGACAAAGCAAUUGCGAAAGAGUUGCAAUUGCUUGCUGAGUGUGAUAAAGCUAGUUAUCAUAUAGAUAAAGAGAUCUACAAGAAUGUAUUAGGAUCAAAACCUGAACCGAAGCCUAAGCAGAAAAAUUGUCUCAUCUCAAGACCAAAACCUGAACCGAAGCCUAAGCAGAAAAAUUGUCUCAUCUCAAGAUCAAAACCUGAACCGAAGCCUAAGCAGAAAAAUUGGCUCAUCUUAAUUUGGCAAUGGCUGGCCACACUAGUUUAUCAGGUUUUCAGGUUGAAAAGGCAGAAAACUGACUAAUAUGACAUGGCUUGCAUCAACCGUCAGCAAGAAAUUUUUAUCUUUGCUCUUUGAUAGUUAAGAAUUGACAGUUCAAGUUAUCAAUUACUUUCAAUAUGCAUUGGUGACUAGUAUGAUAUGACUUCCAACAUCUGUAUUUCAUAACCCCUUAAUGGUUUUAUUCUUUAGUGAUAUCAACAAACAGGUUGAGCAAUGGUACCCAAUUAAUUGCAUGGAGUGGCCAUUAGCAUAGCCUAAUGGAGAUUCUGUCUGAAAUUUCAGCUAGUAUUAUGGUCCUAACUUCUCAAUUCUUUGUAUGUA